AUGGAGGAUGAGAUGGGACUCCUGGCAGCACUGCUCACUCUGCUCUGUGUCUACGCUCCAGGUACUUCUUUUUAUCACUUUUCCUAAAUUGUGUCGAUGAGAAGCAAAGGUUGACUGUAAAAUUGCCCACAGUGAGUGGAGCUGAGGGAUGCAGCGGUUUCAGACACCUGGAAAAUGGGCAGACGUUUUUUCGUUACGGUGGACUGCUGGUGAUCUUCCGCUGUCGUCCUGGAUACAAGCUCCAUGGAUACAAAACCAACAGCUGUGUUUCUGGGCACUGGUCCCGGGACACCCCAGUCUGUGUAGGUGAGGAAAUUCAUGAAUGAACACGCACCAUCAACCUUUUAAUAUUUUCCUCUUGAUGUACUACCUUCUGGACCGAAAUUUAGUAUCUCUUAAAGUGACACUCUUCUGCUCCUUUAGGGUCUGGUUGUUCAGAUCCAGGUCCGCUCCCCCAUGGUACGAGUAGCAUGAAUGAGGAUGGCUCAUUGGCAGUGUUCAGCUGUGAUCGUGGCUUUAGGCUACAUGGACCUGCAGUGUUGUACUGCAAGGGCCACACCUGGAACAGCACAAAGCCUGAGUGCAGAGGUGGGAAUAAAAAUCACCCUCAUGAACCAUAAAUAAGUGUGACUUUAUAGAAAGUAAAGAUAUUUGCUCCAUUAUCUGGCAUCUAAUUGGUAAAUUUGGCUUUUAACUGCAUUGAAUCAGAGCACCUCAGGCUGAUUAGAUAUAUAUUAUAUUUUCUUAGAGUCUUACAUGUCUGUUCAAAAUCGUAAACAACAGAAAUAAAUACAGCAUUUCACUUUACGAGCUUUAAUUUCCUCUUUUGUGCGAAACCUUAACCUCAACAUUAGAGUCUAUAUUUCCAAACAUGCAAGUCUUUCAGUCAUGUUUUUACAACCAAUGUCUUUGCUAUUUUUUUCCUUUUAAGAGGGGUAAUCUGCAUAUUACCUACACGGGAUGCCAGUAAGCUCGGCUUCUUUGUUAGCAGCUGCUAUUAAAUGGUCCAGCCAGGGUAAUUUCUACCACAUUAUUUAGAUCAUUUUAAGGAAGUCCUACCCAAACCAUGGUGUUAGUGUCAGUAUACACUCUAUUUGGCAAUUUUUCAGCACUCUGCCAUCAAGAAGCCCGAUCAUUUUUGCAUUAUUUGUUGAUUCAACACAAAGGCAUUCUUCCACCCUCAGUGCACUGAUCCCCCCAUCAUGGUGUCAGCUUGAUUUAAGCCAUGUAUUUUGAUGAUUUUGAGAUUUAAUUCAACAUGACUUUUUUGACAAAUUCAUGAGAUUAUCUGGUGAACACAGUCAUAUCUAAAGGGUUUAUUCAGCUACCUUCACCACCAGGUAACUUUGGGUCUCUAUACUCCUCAGUUAGCACAGCAGCUUCUCCAUUGUUUCUUUUGAUCCAUCAACUUUCCUCCUUCCUCUCUACACUUCCAUCAAGAUGCUGUCCCUUGUCAACAAUGUGCUUUUUGCUUUUCUUUCUACUUCCCCUCAGAGUCUGACAUGAUGAGCUCAUUUUUGGGUGUACAUCUGCAAAAGCCAAACAUCCAAGACCAGAACCUGCAGGCUGCUGUAGUUCUGAAAACCCAGCAACAAUCCCAUCAUGACACUCCAGCUUCUACUGCCUCCAGAGGAGCAAACCUCAAACUUGGCCUGUUGUCUCACACACCAUCCCAAGUGUCCAAGAGCGAGAAAGACAAAGUGACUCAUCCCAGAGUCCAGCAGCAGACUUUUAAAGUUGAGGAUGGGUCACAAACAAGGCAUCAUGAAGCUCCACAUCAGGGGACGAAUGAAGUUCAAGUACCAGAGAGGAAAAUGAACGGGGGAAUCUCAGAGGAAAAACCGCUGAUGAAGGAGGACAAAGAAAGUGAAAUGUUUGCCCCAAAAUCAAAUAUAGUAUUCACCACCGUGUCAUCUAAGUUAUCAUUAGUUUCAGGAGCAGAGCGAUCAGUGUCCUCUUCACCAUCAUUUUCAACUCUCCAAACACCAACCGUCACUGCUCCAGCUGUCAAGAAAACACUCACAGUUUUGACGUCAGCUUCAAACUCUUCUACUUCUGUGCUUGGAGGUGAUAGGACGCUCAAGUUUGGAGAUCACAGCGUGUCACUAAAUGAUGUUACUACCACUGAGGAAACAUCAGCCUCUUUAAAGGCUGCGGAUGAAGACCAACAAGCUAAAACUGACCUUUAUUAUCAUCAAGACAAGAAGGAGGAGGAUGUAGAGACUGCAGCAUUCACUUCAUCUUCAUCAGCUUUUUUAAUUUUAACCAGUUCUCCUUCCACUUCCUCUGUACCCUCCUCAUCACCCCAACUACCCACUUUUUACGCCCAGACCUCCACAACUCCCAGCUCCAACCAGCCCACAGAGAAAACACACCUACCAAACUCCUCCACAACCAACAAGCAGAGCUCUCAUUGGACUGAAGACCAUGACCUCAAACCAAAUGCCACCUCCAAACCAUCUCUGCCGGCCUUAAUCCCUCUCAGACGACCCAUAUGCCCGUACCCACCUGUACCUGCUCAUGGGACCUUCUACUUUAGGAAUGUGAAGAAUCCAGAUCCCAGAGAGUACAGACACUACAUCCAGUAUGCCUGUUACCCUGGUUACACGCUAGCUCAUGGAGAUGUUUACAGCUACUGCCAGCAGGGCAGGUGGAGCGGAGUCACACCUGUUUGUUUAGGUAUGUGAGAUUGAACUUUAAGUUGUUUUCUUAGUUUAUCUGAAUAAUGCUGCUGAUUUGAAGUGGUUUAGUACAAUGAGUAAAUCAAUGAGCUGCCAAACUGCCAAAAUUUUUACUCUCACGUAAGUUAUUAUUUACAUGCUAACCCAAAACAUCCAUUUAGGAUAUAAUGACAUCCAGUAGAUGAAAAUAAUUAGCUACCAAAUGCUAAUUUCUGAAUGCUUGUGUUUAAGUGUUAAAGACUUUUUUUGUUGCUGAAUUGAAUGUCUUUGAAAUGUUCAAACAAUUUCUCAGUCAUUGAAAAGAUGCUGAUUCCAUCUUAAAACCAUCAAACAUCCGUACUUCUGUUGUAAAUAUCACUUCAAUGAACAAUACAUGAGGUUGAACUUUGCACAUGGUCAGACUUUGAAUGUAUAAUUUUACCCCAGGCAAGAAAGGAUGUUUUUUUUACUGUGGCCCUGAAAGUCAAUAGCACAAAUAUUUUCAUGAAACACAAAAACAUUUCAUCAACAAAGGAAAACUGAAGUUUUUUAAGUAAAUAAUUGACUGAAAAUAUCCCCUCUUUGUGCUACAUAGAGCAUUUAGUGUUUUCAAAAGCUGUAGUACAGGAAUGAAAUGAGGCAGAGACAGUCAUGUUGCACAGAUGCAAAAACAAACACGCCAUGUCUUCAAAAAAUGAAAAAGCAGCUCCAGACUUCACCUCAUUUUUGACUGAAAUUAGACAAAGAAGGGAAGAAAGUCUGUUUUUCUCAUUUUCUUGUGUAUUUGUAUCUGACAUGAAGUUAGACAUUCGUACCUUAACUGUAAGUGAGUUGAGGCUUUUAGUAUUGUAUCAGAUUCAAACUCAUCCUCUCUAGUCAGUUUCAAUUUCAUUUCCAUGAUUAAGUCCAGUUGUCUCACAUUGUAUCACCUUUUUCAUCCCAAAUCAACCCUUGUUGUUUUUUUUUGCCACUCAUUCAUUCUUACUGUAUGUCUGCAGAGCUGACACCAUGUUCAGUCAACAAUGGAGGCUGUUCCCAGCUCUGCUCUCACUCCCAGCACUACAACCAGAGCUCCAAACAGACUCACAGCAGGACUGAGUGUCACUGCAGACCUGGAUUCACUCUGCUGGAUGACGGGCGAACAUGUCGAGGUGAGUGUGGAUGGGUUCCCCCCCCCUCCUUUGAGCUUUUCCUGUGCCUGUUACAUUCCUCCUAAAUCCUCUGUGGACCCCUGCUCUCCUUCUAAUGACAACACGGCGAGCAGCGAGGCAUGUUACAGCACAACAGAGACUCUGUGUCACGUUUUUAUGUGUUUGAUGUUUCACAGCUCACAGACGAGCAGAAGUGAGCUGUGAAAUUUACUGCAGCAUGACCAUAAAAUGGUCUGUAAUGUCUGAGGAUACACGUGCCCACACACACACACACACACACACACACCUGUCUUUUAAAGAACCAUCAGUGGGUGGUGUUGCUGUUAUUUCCACACUGUGCUUUCACCAGUGUGUACAGGCACAAUAGUUUUACAAUUAUCGAUGAGUUUUGGCUACAUAGAAGUGAAAAUCAGUUCCUGUCUGUUCAUAAAUGUGUCUCUCUUGGAUCUGAAGUCAGUCCUUGUGGUUCAGUUUUAGGUUUUCUUGGCCUAUAUGUGUUAGAAACUGGCAUUUUUCUCCACUAAAGGUGAGUUAAGCAGGUUUAUCUGUUGGACCGGGGGCAAAGCUGAUCUAAAAGCUCGUUGAGUCCUCCCUGUGCGUCCUUGUUUCCUGUCUCUUAAGAAGAGGAGGUCAGAGGAAAACCUCUGUGGUCUGGUUUUCUCAUUACAGGCCCAAACAUGAAGCAAACAUGGAGCAAACAUCAAUGAGGUUUCUUGAUUCAGAGCGACAGAGGAGACAACCACCUUUCAUCUGCUGAUUUUUUCUUUCAUCUCUUUGCAGGCUGGAUAGUGCUUUUCUGUCAGAUUGACUACAAUGUUUUGUAUAAUGCGUGUUAUAUGUGUGUGUGUGUUUGCAUGUGUGUAGAUGUAGAUGAGUGCGUGGAGCAGCAGCAUCCGUGUCAGCAGAGAUGCAACAACACCUUUGGUUCCUUCAAAUGCAGCUGUGAUGAUGGUUAUCAACAAGCUCCAGACCAGCUCUCCUGCACAGGUGCGUGUUGUGUGAAUGUAUUUGUGGAUCUGUUUAUGUCAUUAACAUCUAUCAGCAAAGUGUUCCUCUGCUUUGCUCUUCAUCCUCCUGUUUGUGAAUGAGUGCCUGAUGCCUGCAGCUGUAACAGGCUGUGUUUCCGGCUGUGUGAACCCCCCCUGAGAGCUUCUGCUGUCAGUGUCCUGCCGGAUACAGCUCUCAGACUGCAGACAGAUACUGCCAAGGACACAUAACUGUGCUCCUUUAUGACGUGCUUCAAAAAAGGAUGAUACUAUCGGUCCAGUGCUUUCAAACUACUUAAAGGGAUAUUCCAGCGUAAAAUAAAUUUGGGGUUAAACACAUGGUGACAUCGAGUAAGACCCCCCCCCCCCCCCAAACCUGACAUAUUGACAUGUUUGCUUCACAUUGCUAAGUAUUAUAAUUUUAAAUUUCAGUGAUAUGAAAUGUGACAUGAUGCGGCAUGCUGAUGUUCAUCUAGCAUAGCUUUAGAAAAUCUAGAUUAAUAGAAACCAUGAUAUAUACUAUUGUUUAAAUAUUAAUUUUAAGUCUUUUUGACUUGAUUAAAAAGGUUAAAAAAGAGAAACCAGACACGAGGCAGACAUCACCUUUGAAUGAGUCCAAGCUCUACAAACUGAGCUAAAGCAGCUCAAACCAAAGGAACCAAACAAAAGCGCUGUAAUCAAAUAAGGAAAAACUAAAAAUGAACAACUCCAAGUACAACAGUUUUUUAUGGGGUGCCGUUUGUAAAGCAGCCCAUUAUAAAAACAACAGCAAGAUUUGGUCACAUUUAGCAAAACAACAGCAAGAUUUAGUCACAUUUAGCUUCAAACAGCAUUUAAAAAAGUGAUGUGAAUUUUCGGCAGUCAUUUUUUUACGCAUUUACAACAACAUUUAAAUACUAAAACUAAAUGUUAAAUGUUAAAUCUAAAUGUUAAAUCUAAAUCUAAAUGUUAAAUCUAAAUCUAAAUGUUAAAUCUAAAUCUAAAUGUUAAAUCUAAAUGUUAAAUCUAAAUGUUUAAUCUAAAUGUGUUGGGCGAAACUAAAUAUUUAGCUAAUAUGCAAAUUCACGGUCGGAAACCGGAAGUGAUAACCGGAAGUGCCAAAAUAAAAGCUCCAGAAGGUCAUAUUGAUGAUUCUUGUGUCGAAGAAAACGAAUUAAAACCAAUUUAAGGGGGGGGGGGGGACAAAUACUUGGGGUGACGUUUCGUGUUAAUAACUACCUACAAUAGCGACAGCAACAACAAAAACUUUAUUAGAAAGACUCGAGUUUUCAGUGUCGCCUCUCCGUAUGGCGCGGAUCCGUAUUGUUGGUCGAAGUGGAAAAUCCGCCCAAAAAAAAAAAAAACACACACGAGAUUUGCUGACAACCUGCGCCAGACUCUUCUAAAUGGCAGUGAAUGAAUUAAAUUAAGCUAAUAAAUAAAUAAAUAAAUGACCCAAAAGACAAAGUGGAAGACAAAAGACAGAGUUUCGAACCCCGGUUUCCUGCGUCUCAGUCGUCCACGUUACCCGUAUGGCCAAUGCAUUUCUUGAAUCGGUGAAGUGCCAUGGAUUAGUAUAUAGUGUGUGCGCCUGCAUGUGCGUGUGCGUGUGUUCGUAUAGUGUCCGCGCCAUACGGAGAAGCGACACUGAAAACUCGAGUCUUUCUAAUAAAGUUUUUGUUGUUGCUGUCGCUAUUGUAGGUAGUUAUUAACACGAAACCUUACCCCAAGUAUUUGUCCCCCCCUUAAAUUGGUUUUAAUUCGUUUUCUUCGACACAAGAAUCAUCAAUAUGACCUUCUGGAGCUUUUAUUUUGGCACUUCCGGUUUCCGACCGUGAAUUUGCAUAUUAGCUAAAUAUUUAGUUUCGCCCAACACAUUUAGAUUUAACAUUUAGAUUUAACAUUUAGAUUUAACAUUUAGAUUUAGAUUUAACAUUUAGAUUUAGAUUUAACAUUUAGAUUUAGAUUUAACAUUUAGAUUUAGAUUUAACAUUUAGAUUUAACAUUUAACAUUUAGUUUUAGUAUUUAAAUGUUGUUGUAAAUGCACAAAAAAAUGACUGCCGAAAAUUCACAUCACUUUUUUAAAUGCUGUUUGAAGCUAAAUGUGACUAAAUCUUGCUGUUGUUUUGCUAAAUGUGACCAAAUCUUGCUGUUGUUUUUAUAAUGGGCUGCUUUACAAACGGCACCCCAUAGUUUUUCUUUAAGUCUCAGUUAUAUGAUUUGUUUUGUUUGUGUUUGAUAAACACACAAGAACCCUGCUUUUCAUGCAGAUAUAGAUGAGUGUGCUGAUCAUCUGGGGCUCGGGCCGUGUACGGAGCAGUGCCACAACACACCUGGAUCAUACCGCUGCUCCUGCACACAUGGACACAUUUUAGCUGUAAAUGGACACAGCUGCACCCCUGAGUGUCCACCUGGAUACAGGAAGCAAACCACACCUGAGAAUUCAACCGCACAAGCUCUGAGGGAGGAGUGUGUAGGUAAGGGGGGGGAAAUAUCCAAAUAACUGUCUUAUUUUGGGGAAAGUCUAAGAUCCCUUGUUGUGUCCACACACAGAUGUAAAUGAGUGCCAGGAGGAGGACAGGUGUGGGUGGCAGUGUGUCAACCUGCCAGGUUCAUACGGAUGCAUCUGCCCAAGAGGAUACAAACUCAUGGGAGACGGCCGGCGCUGCAAAGGUCAGUGGGGUCAAACGUACACAGAUAAGUACUGCAUCAACAACAACUGUAACAUGUUUAGAGAGAAAAAGCAUAAAGUUAGAGAUAGGAGGGGAGUACACUUGUGUUUUGCUAAGAUGAGAAGAUUUAAGCAACGACACUGUAUUUGUUAAUUUAGUAAAAAGCUGGAGCCAGCAGCUGGUUAGCGAAUGAAAACGAAUGAGAUUGAACAGCUAGCAUGAAUUUUGUCAUUAUUGUGAGAUUUCUGGACAAAAAAUCUGAAAUGCUGAAAGUUUUUUGGUCUUUAAAUCAAAGGUUGACACAUGUGCCAGUGUUGUAAACUUGGCUUGUCAGAAAUGUAUCUCAGUUUACAAGUGGACACUUUCAGGCAAAGUGUGUAAAGUCAGAUAUUUAUACUCUUGGACCAAAACUCUUCAUUUCAUUCGCUACUUCAAACUCAUAAUUUAGAUAAAAAUCCAUGAACAAAUGAAUGGAAAAUGAGAUUCAAAAUAAAAGCAAAAAAGACAGAAAACAAUGUUUAUUUUUAUGUUUUCUCUAUUCUGGGGUUGGAUGCUUUUAUUUGAUAUAGGCUAUAGUCUUAAUCGUUUUGCCUCUACCUCCAUUUAUCUAUUAAUAAAGUUCACAUACAUCUAAAUGUUUCUACUUGUUUUUCUUUUUCUGUAAUGUUCAACGUGAAACAUCUGUUUUCCAGACAUUAAUGAGUGCAGUCAGAGGAAUGGAGGGUGUUCCCACCUGUGUGUGAACCAGAAAGGUGGAUAUAAAUGUGCCUGCCCUGCCUCCCAUCGCCUCUCCCCGUCCAGCUGGAAGAAAUGUCUGCCAAGGACCACAGCAGGACCUCAGUUAAAACCACCUCUUGGUCCGUCCCCUUAAGCAACAAGUGGAACACUGAUAAG